GUAUCAGCGGUGUCAGCCCUAUCGACAUCGUCGUGCGGUUCAAGGGAGUCGGUGGCCGUGGGCGCUGGUGAGGUGAGACGAAGGCUCGCCGACGCGACGGCCGCGCCUCCGCCCAAUGCCUUCAGGCACGACCCCGCCGAUCCCUCCGCCACGGCGCUCAAGGAAUCAUGGGAGAGCAAGUUAGCUCGGAUGCGUUCAGUCUCCCCAUACGGAGCGCUGGCCGGCUGGCGGCUGCUAGGGUGCAUCGUUAAGGUGGGCGACGACCUGCGGCAGGAGAUGCUAGCUGCUCAACUCCUGAGGCGGCUGCAGGCGGUGUGGGGGGUGGAGCGGGUGCCGCUGCGCCUGCGCCCCUACGACAUACUGUGCCUCGACCGCGAGUGCGGACUCAUACAGCCGGUGCUGAACACGGUGUCGUUGCACCAGAUCAAGAAGCAGUCGGGCAAGUCGCUCCGGGCGUGGUUGGAGCUGGAGCACGGGCCUCCCAACAGCGAGGGGUUCCUCAGGGCGCAGAACAACUUCGUGGAGUCCGCCGCUGCGUAUGCGCUCACCAGCUAUCUGCUACAGUUGAAGGAUAGGCACAAUGGAAACAUUCUAUUGGAUAGCGCAGGCCACAUCAUUCACAUUGAUUUCGGUUUCAUAUUCUCUACUUCACCCAAGAAUCUCGGAUUUGAGAGCUCGCCAUUCAAGUUGACCCACGAGUUCGUGGAGGUGAUGGACGGCGAGAACUCUGACAUGUUCCAGUACUUCAAGAUAUUGAUACUGCGCGGACUGAUCGCAGCCAGGAAACACUGCGACCAGAUCAUACACAUCGUUGAACUCAUGAGGAUGGGCGGUCAGCUAGCCUGCCUCCGCAGCAGCAGCGCGGUGUCGUCGUUCCGCGCGCGCUUCCACCUCGGCCGCACCGAGCCGCAGCUGCAGGCGCUCGUCGACCGCCUCGUGCGCGACGCGCUGCACUCCAUCUCCACGCGCCUCUACGACAACUUCCAGUACUACACCAACGGGAUUCUCUAACUACUGACGACGGGCUGACCCGACAACACUAUGCGGUCGUGAUGAACCUGUGUGGCGUGUAAAACAGCAGUGUACGAAUAGGCCGGCAAAACUGUGGCAACUGGCGAGAGAUAAUCGUCAAUCGCGACCCUGGAUCCCACUCUAUUAUCUGAUACAUUGGAGUCAAUUGCCCGUAAAGUUUAGUAUGGUGUUGUUCAAGAAUGUCGAUGAGAAACGCCCUAAAUUAUGCCCGAGCGUUGGCUUGUAUCUAAUUUCAGUUUGAUUAGAAUCGAGAGUGGUUGUGACUAACUUCACUUAGCAAGAGGAAAUUAGCGAGUUGUUUUAUUUUUGGAUAUCGUUAAAAUUACCGUCAAAUGUAUACCCAUUUUAAUACGGUAUAUAUUCUUAUAGAUUGGAAGUCUGCUUAUACCAAUCAUAUUUUAUGGAAUGAAAAAAGUGGCUCAAACUGCUGUGAAAUUAUUCAUGAACAAGGUUUAUCAUGGUCGCAUAGUAAAACCAAUUGGUUAGGUUAUAUUAAUGUACCUGCUCUAAAUAGGGAUUGCGAUAAAACUGUUUAUUAGUCCGUUUGGUGAGACUUUCAAGUUAGAGAUAUAAUAAAAAAAACUUGGCAAGAGAGGUACUUGGUUCGUGACAUACACGUCGACAAAACCAACUAUCAAUAUUUACAAGUACUCAAAGAACAAGCUCUUACAAAAGAGAUACUCGAAGUUGAAGACAUGAUACAUAUUAAAUAUUUUAGUGUAAAGAACAAUAAUGUAAAUUGUUCGUGUGUUGAAAGAAUUUAUUGUUGCCCUAUAUUGAAAUUAUAGUGUUAAAUAUAUUAUUAAUACUAUGGUGUGUUGUAAAAGGGCAUCGGGACGGAACAAAAGAGUAUUUUGAGUAAACAUUAUGUCGAAAUAAUAUUUGUUUGUAAUGUUUAUUUUUAUGUGAAUGUAUUGUUUUGCGUGUAAUACAAACUAUACAAUUUGUAGACGAUGUUAAUAAAAUCAAAUGUGUAACAUGUAAAUAGGUUCACAGAGAUGCGUAGUCAAAUUAUUAUUUUCUUACUUCAAUCAGGUCAGAGACGGUCUAGUGAUUCUUGUGAGACUUCCAACGUUACUAAAUUGACACGCGUUACAUAAUUAACACAUAGAUUAUCCGUGACGUUUACGCCUUCAUCGGUUUAUAUUAAUUUGCAUGUAAAUUAUUGCUUAUUUCGCGUAGAUUUUUUGUAAACAUAAGUGCCAUAAUCCACUGACAACUGUAUGUUUUUACUCAUCGUUUAUUUUGCUCAAGCGAGUGCACCGUCACACCUCUCAUAACGUUUGACCCGUCCAUUGUAGUUACUUUGUAGAACUCACUAGUGCUUUACGAAAUACACGUUGACAAUUUCCAUGUAUAAAGAUACUGUGCGCAUAUAAACGUAAUGAAAUUCCAAAAUUGUAAAUAGUUUAAAAAAAAAGUAUAUAUUAUGAUAAUUUUCGCAAUGAGAAGACUGAUUGUUCAGGCAUGAAAAGUGGUCUAGUGUUAGGUUUCUUAUCCGAUUAAGUUUAAGUUUUACCUUGUAUAUUAAAAUAUUAAUUGUGUACAUGUUACGUGAAUGGGGUUUGCAGUUUCCAGUGUGAAUGUAAAUGACGCGUUGGAAUAGUACUUGCGUGCUAAAAAAUCAUAGUGAAAAUUUGUUAUACGGCGUCUGAUACGACAUCUGACGCCGGAGUUUAGACGAAAUAUUAAAUUGGCAUAAUAUUGGAAUAUAUACAUUGUAUGAAUGUUGUUGUAUAUGGGGGGCGAGGACGGUCAACAUUCUCCGAUACAGAAGUCAGUUUCAUUGAUUCCGGAAUAAAUUAAAGUUGUAUGAAGCGUUGACAGUUAUAACAAACAUCUCGUGUGCAGUUGUGGUUUAUAUUUAAUUUCGUUAGUGCGAUCGUAACGAAUGUUGCCAAAUUUUAUGAGAUCAAUGUUGCCUCCACAUAGCAAGAUUCUUCUAUUUUUCGAUCUAUUCACGAGAAUACAGUUUUUUCACUCAAUAUUAUAGUUACGAAAUGUUUGAAAUAAAGUUAAGAAUCUAUAACAAUGCUUUUAUUUUAUAAUACGAAUGUAAUGUUCGGGAUGGUGUUUAAUUUUGUUAGCGGCGGCUUUGAUUUGCGGAUGUUUGUGGCGAAUUGUGAAAUUAUUAGCAUCGAAUAUUCGAUAAAAAAUAAUGAGCAAAUUUAUAAAUGUAUGCAGCGUUUGAAUAUUCGAAAAUGUUAAUGGAUGUUGUGAAAUGAUAUUAGCGUUAUACAAAGUAUUUUUUAUUCAUUUAUAAAAUAUUUAAAUGGUUCCAACUUUAAAGUUUUUAAUGCUAAUAUUAUUUCAAUUAAUAAUGUUUAAAAAUAAAAUUAAUUGAAUUCAAAAGGACUUAAUUGUGUGUGUGAUUGCUAUUGUGAAGUUAAAACGUAUAUAGAUAGUGUAUAAUAUGAAUAUCUGACGUACCUUUAAAUAUAUUUACUGGUGUUUAGUACUCGUUCGUUGGAGCAUAGUUAUGAAUGUAAAUAAGUUUUCGCUUUGCGGUAUGAUAGAGGAUUCUUUUAAGAGUUACUUUUGCAUCCAAAGUCCAAAAUUUCCUCAAAAUUAAUUCGAGUUAUUUAUCAACAUGUACAGGUAAUUGUAAGUAUGUUUAUCUUAAUUUUUUAAAUAUACAUAAUUAUGAUUUUU